AUGAAUUGCCUAUCACUAAACAUAAGAGGUGUGGGUGAAGAUGAGAAAGUGAAUUGGGUUAGAAGGUUGAAGGUUCAUCACAGAGUAACAUUUGUUGGGCUCCAAGAAACUCAAAUAUCUGAUUUCGCAAGCAUUAACGUAAAUGGUUGUUGGGAUUCCAAUGAAUUUGAUUUUGAUGGUGUUGUCUCCAAUGGGCGAUCUGGGGGCCUCAUUUCUAUAUGGGACAACAGGUGCUUUCAGAAAAUUGAGGUGAUCAAGAAUCGACACUUUCUUAUAAUAAUUGGCAAAUGCAAGAUCAUUGAGGGGAACCUGAAUAUGGUUAAUGUUUAUGGUCCGCAAUCAUUGGCAGAAAAAAAGAAGUUGUGGGAUGAGCUAAUAAGGAUAAAAAAUGAAAGGCCAUGCAUGUGGGUUGUGUUUGGGGACUUAAAUGCCGUCAGAUACCCUAGUGAGAGAUGUAAUUCAAAAUUUUACCCCUCUAGUGCUUUUGCCUUCAAUAAGUUCAUCCAGGAAGCGGACCUAAAGGAGUUCAACAUGGGUGGUGAAAGGUUUACCUUUAUGAGUUGGGUGGAUGCCAAACUUAGCAAGCUCAAUAGAUUCUUGGUCUGCUCGAGCUAUCUCAAUUCUUUUCCCUUUAGUGCAGUGAUUGCUCACCCUCGAGAAUUAUCCGAUCAUAGUCCCAUCACACUACAGUCGGCAGUCUCAGACUUCGGGCCGAUUCCGUUCAAGCUAUUCAACUCCUGGUUAUUCAGAGAGGGUUUUGAUCAGAUAGUAAGUGAUGCAUGGAACCAAUUUAUGGGUUUUGGCACUUCAGAUGCUUACUUUGCUGCCAAACUCAGGUUUUUAAAGAACUCGAUCAAGAAGUGGAGGAAGGAAGAAAUCCAAAAAGAAAUGAAGGAGCUUAGUGACACAAAAUUCCUGGUCAAAGAUCUUGAGAAGCUGGCGAAAUUCUGA